UCGUUCACACUCUCUCUCCAUUUCUCUUUCACAGCUGUGCGUCUUGGACUUCAUGGUCCGGGCUUUGAUGAUCACCGCACUCUCGUGAAUAGAAAAAGAGAAUUUUCUCUCUUGGUGGGGUGGGUAAAGGCAAAAAAGAAAAGAAAAAAUAGAGAGAGAGAGAUAGGAGGUCGUGCGAACUAUCUCUUCGGAUUGCAAAAUGAGUGGCAUGUUUCGUCGACGGAGUAAUUUUCAUCAGGAACAGGAGAAUGAUUCAUCACAGCAACAGAUAACGAUCAACGAGCUCAGGGCUGCGAUUGGGCCACUAACUGGACGCAGUUCACAGUACUGCACUGAUGCGUGCUUCAGAAGGUACUUGGAAGCUCGGAACUGGAACAUAGAAAAAUCAAGGAAGAUGCUGGAAGAUUCGCUUAAAUGGAGAUCGACUUUUAAGCCCGAGGAGAUCCGAUGGGAUCAAGUUGCAAUUGAAGGUGAGACCGGAAAAGUCUACAGAGCAAAUUUUCAUGACCGGCAUGGGCGGAGUGUUCUUAUAUUGAGACCGGCUAGACAGAACACCGCGUCAUUAGAUAAUCAGAUGAGACAUCUUGUGUAUCUUAUAGAGAAUGCAAUCCUAAACCUUCCAGAGGGUCAAGAACAAAUGGCAUGGUUGAUAGACUUUACUGGGUGGACAUUGAGCACAAGCGUGCCGAUUAAAUCAGCUCGAGAAACUGUCAAUAUUCUGCAGAACCAUUACCCGGAGAGGCUGGCUGUGGCUUUUCUGUAUAAUCCCCCGAGGAUUUUUGAAGCCUUUUGGAAGAUUGUGAAGUAUUUCUUGGACACCAAGACCUUCCACAAGGUCAAGUUUGUUUACCCUAAGAACAAAGAUAGCGUGGAGCUUAUGAGACAGUACUUUGAUGAGGAAAAUCUCCCAACGGACUUUGGUGGAAAAGCCGUAUUGGCGUAUGACUAUGAGGAGUUUUCAAGACAAAUGGCUCUAGAUGAUGCCAAAGCAGCUGCUUUAUGGGGUUCCAAUGAGAAGCUCAAUCAUCCCACCAACGGCUAUUCUGGUGCUGUGGCGGCUCCGGAACCACCUUCCCUUGCACCACCAGCCAGCUGAACUGAGUCGGCCUAUUUUCCUUCUGAUGUUCUGAGAACUAGGAAAUUCUCUAAAUGCCUUGAGGAUUUUUUUUUUUUUUUUUUUUUUGGAGUAAUCUAUAAAUGCCUUGAGUUUUAGCUGAAAAAUAUUAUCAAUUAUCAGCUAAAUUAACAAGGAGAUUACAAUCCUCAUGUUGUUUAGUGGUAAAUGUGCGUCUGUAAGAGCAAGAUCAGGCUCGGAUUUUAAGAAAACUGUACUUUUAAACAUGGAUAAAUCUAGGUAUCCUGGGAAACUGGCCAAUCAAACAUCUGGAAAAAUGAAUGAUUGGAUGCAUGUCUUUGUUUUAGUGAUAUUUUUCCUAUUUUCAAGAAUAAUUCA